CGACCUUUCAAUUGAUAUCCUAUCAUAACAAGUAAAAUGUUUUAGAUCUGCAAUAAACAAUGUAAUGAUGUUGCGUUGACCUUCCUCCUUCCUGAUCCUCCUUCGCAUCUUGUUAAAAUGAGCUGACGGGGCAACGACAAAGUCGAGUAGCUCUAGUGUCUAAUCGGGCAAUUGCACUUGCUUACAACCUCAAAGACGUAAUGAUAGACAUGUCGGAGGCGAAUUCCCGAAAUGUUUAUAAAUUUCUUUCAUCUCGCCUUUCCUGUUUGCCGUUUGCAUCUUAGAUCUGUUUUCAUGUUUAGAGUUGAGUCGUACCAAUAAAUCGGCAACGUAAUUUCUCCUUUUCCCCUUUUCCGACUCGUUUACUCCCGAUACACUAUCGUUCCAUCCAGUAGAAAACGCCGUCGAGAAGAAGGGUAUUCAAAAUGCUGUUUCGGUCUACUGCCCUUGCCGUCUUUGUCGCAACAGCGACCGCCUCCAAUUCUACCGGUCCUUUCGCGCUCCAUAUCACCGGCAAAGGAAACUCAUCCAUCGACGGUUAUGCUGCUGCCUGUCAUGCAGGUGCUGCCAUUGAAGGUCUCUGCUACUCGGCCGGUUCCACCCCUCCGGCCGGGAGUGUCACCGAGUUCUACUUCAACUACACUGCCUACAAUUCGGAUACUGGCGCGCCGUUGCAGCCGGGCUGGGUUACCUACCUGUUGAGCGCAGGUAGUGGCAAUGGUACCAUAACAGUCCCCUCUUCGAUGCGGUUCAUCCCCAAUUUCGGAAGCAAUGUCCUCACUGCUCUCAUUUACCCGAGUGUCGAGGACGGCACGCCCGUAUAUUUUCAUCCUGAUAACGGUACGCUAUACAUCGCUGGUGGUUACGAUGAUUCGCAAUUCAAUGCCACCUACCCAGACCCAGUCCCUACUCUAGGCAACCUCACCAACUUCCAUGUCUGCGAUCAAUUUACGGGAGGUUAUUAUUACGAAUCUCUCGCAUGGGUUUCUACCCUACCACCACGUAACCCGUCAUGCCAAGCUGUGGACGUGAGCAUUCAACAAGUGUCGUAAAGGGGGUCCGGGGCCAUGUAUCCGAUGGACGUUGUAGAGGAAGCUGUAGAGGAAGCUGUGUUGGUGGGGAGAUGAUAUGCAUAUCCACCGUCUUGUAUCUAUCUCUCCCGUGGCUUUCUGUGGACGGGUGGAAUGAAUUAAUACCAUAAUUACUGUUGCUCAUCGGAACCACCCCGUUCGGAUACCUUAUUAUAAACUGUGGAAUGGUAGUAAACUACGAUGGCAUGACGAGGACUUCAUCGGUGGGCACACCAGCUUGUCUGGGUAGGUCACGACUGUAGUCUACAUGGGGGUUUACCUGACUACCUACGCAUAUGAUUUACGUCCUGGAUAGACGCGAGGGUAGUUCUCUUACUGUGUAUUUCUACCUAGUAGGUACUUGAUAAUUAACUAAUCAUUGUAUUUGAAUAGAUACAUACGUAUGUA